GCGGCACGACCUAUGCAUGAUAAAUUUCAUCAUCCCUUGUUGUAAUGGCGGUGUGAAAGCAUUGCGGCAAAACCUUCCCGUGCAAUUUAUUUGCACCAGUACAACCAUGGAUUUCCUACAACGCGCCCGAGUUGUCUCUCUUACAUCGAUUAUAGAUGGCCAGAACAUAUCACAAAUCCAAGAACAUGGAAGACAUUUCAUUAUUUUCGACAUCUCAGACUCUAGAAGAGUUGGAGCUCUUCAGUUCGCUCCCGAUCUUAGUGGAAAGCGGAACUCUUGAACAAUAUGACGUGUACAUAGAAGAGACGGAUGCUCUGAAGCAUCAACUCGAGCCCUCGUCUCCGCUCAGUUUAUCGGCGGCAGACCUGCUUGAGGAAUUCGAUGUAGAAGCUGGCAAUGGAGGUCUGUUGGAUUCUGACUGGAUGACAGAGAAACUUGAGUUCCAUAAUACAGAGCCAGUUCUUUCUGUAGAUGGUGGUGACCUGGUGAACCUUGCUGAUUUUGAAUUCACUUCUUCAGAACCAUCUGUUUCCAUUGAGCCAGAAAUUGUCAUCACUCCAGAAAUUACAGAUUCAUCAAUAUCAGAAGGAUCCUCAAACACUAACCUCUUUGCAAAUGUAGAUGAGAUUCUCAGGAAGCUGCUCACCAGUGGCAAGAACAUAGUUAACACAGUGAUAGAGACAGAGGAACAAGUUGGUCCAACAUCCCCUUUGCAGAGUGUUCCUGAUGUUGACAUGGGCUCUCAUCCCUCUGUUUUGUCACCCGAGUCAGAAUUAUUGGAGAUUACAACCCCAGUGGCAUCCCCUGGUGAAGAGAGUUUCUCAUGUCCAUCGUCCCCCGAAACACCAGUCAAGAAGACUGUGCAAAUUUCUCCUGUAACAACCACCCGAGCAAAGGUCAACCACUUUGAGCCAUAUCUAAAUGACAAACCAGCAAAGGUCAAAACUCCACAGCAAAGGAGAAGAAAGCGGGAGCAGAAUAAAGAUGCUGCGACUCGCUACCGAGUCAAAAAGCGUGAGGAGCAAGAUGUCAUGGCUAAAGAACUUGCUGGGCUUGAGAAGGAUAAUGGCGAACUCAAAGAACAAGUUAAUUCUUUAUCUAAGGAGAUUGAGUACCUGAAAAACUUGAUGCUUGAAGUUUAUAAAACAAAGCUGCAAAAGCAAUCUUUGUUAGCUUCUAACUAAGUUAAGCCAUUUUGUUAAUGUAUAUAUAUGCCUUUUUUCUAUUUGGUCCUGAAAAUUAACUACUUUUGUUUUUUUUGAUGUACUUUGCAAGUGCUGUAUUCAUCAUUUAUCACAACAAGCAUUAUAGAAUUGUUAUUAACAACA